ACUUCUCCUCAAGAUCACUAUAGUCAUGGUCAAGGCGAGUACAGUGAUGGUAACCAAGGAUAUGACCACGAGCAAUCUUAUGACAACGGUCUCAUGAAAGGCGUCGAUGAGGGGCAUUAUGAUGACCUCGAUAAGCACAAGUACGGUGGAUGGGGAAGAUACGCUAAAGGAAAAGAGCACGCAUCAUAUUACGGAUCUGAAUACAGUGACGGGCUAGGCGAAGGACUUCACGACAAAGAGCACCAUGCCGGCGAAUACCUUCACAACGAUGACGUUUACGAGCAUAAACUCCAUGACCAUGGCCACGAUCAUGAUCACCAAGGCUCAUAUGGACACGGCUUUGGUCUCCACGGACUCCACCAUGGUCACGACUUUGGACACCUUGGUCGAGGAUUUCGUCAUCAUCAUGGCGCCAAUCACGACUUCGGCGGUCAUGACGAUCACUACGGUCACGGCCACUGCUCUUAG